GGGCAGGCGGGCAGGCAAGCAAACGGGCAGGAAAGCGGCAGGCAGGCAAGCAAGCAGGCAGGCGGACAGGCAGGCAUCGAGUAAGCCAGCGAAGCUACGAAUCACGCGUCCUCUCGACUCCUCGGUUCAGUCGGGUAGGCGCGUUUGUACAGCGUCGGCUUUGGUGUAUCGUUCGCGCGCGUCGCGAUCGGUUUUACGUUCGAGUUCGGCUAGUUUCGUUGGUGCGACGCGAGUUUUUGUUUGUUUGUAAAACGAAGGAGAACGAUGGGAACCAUGUGCACAGGUGAUGGACUUUAGCGAACUGUGAUCGGUGGUACGAGAAGAAGAAUCAACGAUCCGAAGGAUCACGCGAAAGGAAGAUCGCGACGCAACAGCGUGGUCCGUUCUUCGAGCGGAUCGGCAAAGCGAAGCUAACAGGAGGAACAACCAAAGGAGAGAAAGAUGUCGCGAGCGCAAACGGAUAGACGCAUCGUACGGGCCUGGGCGAGGCCUGAACGUCUUUUGUUGUCGUUUCUGCUUCUGUGUGGAAUUCUCGUCGAUGCCACGAGAUUGAGGCAUUCCAGACACCUGGACUCUCCAGAGGCCUGGAGAUCGCAAGCCUCGAUCGACGAGGAAUUAACGAUGCAGUCGGGCGAGAACCACAAUCACAAGCCGGUGUUUUCCAACUGCUCGAAUUAUGCGCCGGUCGUGAAGGAAGAGCAACCGCACGGCACCGUGGUGAUACAGGUGCACGCGGAAGACAGGGAUCAUCCGGACGACGGAGGUACGAUCACGUACAGCUUCGUGACCGCUCCGGGUGAGAAGCUGAAGUUCGAGAUCGACAACAGGACGGGGUUAAUUAGGACCACGCAGGGGCUGGACAGGGACGAGCCCGCUCGAGAGAAGGAAGCUUAUCUCACCGUUCUUGCCACCGACAACGGAAGACCUCAGCUCGACGAUGUGUGCACCUUUAAAGUCACCAUCGAAGACGUCAACGACAACGAGCCCGUUUUCGACAAAGUGGCGUACACCGAGUCGGUGCCGCAAGAUUUGCCUUUGAACAAAGAGGUGAUGAGAGUCUCCGCGACGGACAUCGACGACGGUAACAAUUCUGUCGUUCACUAUAGUUUGUCGCCGAAGAGGGCGGAAGACGGCGUCUACUUUCGUAUAGAUUACAAGACCGGUGUGAUAUUUCUCAACAAAACUAUCGACCGGAAUCCUGACUACAAGUUCAGCAUGACCGCGACUGCCAGAGAUCUGGGAGAAAAUCCAAAAUCGAGCGUGAUCGCGCUUAAUAUUCGAGUGGUCGAGUCCCACAAGAAGCCUCCGACUUUUAUUCACUCGUCGGAUCCGCCGAAACCGAUCAAACUCAAGGAGAACUUCAAUGACUUCGACGCCAGCAUCAUGCAAUUGAAGGCCGCUUCGAACAGCGGGGAUAAUAGCGAUAUUAUUUUUGAACUCGUUCACGGCAGGACGGAACAGACCAACAAAGCAAACACCUUCAGACUGGAAACGAAAAAGAAUGUUGCGGACGUUGCGGACAUCAAGCUGGCGGGACACUUGGACUACGAGAGCAAUACACUGUAUACGUUGAUCGUACGCGUGCAGAACAAAUAUCGACUGGCUGCUGAGACCGUGGUCGAGAUCGAAGUGGAGGACGUGAACGACAACAUUCCGGUGUUUCGAGAGAUGAAGAAGGGUAGCGUACUCGAGAACGAGCCACCUGGCGUUCCUGUGAUGCAAGUGCGAGCCAUCGACGCCGAUGGGACUUCCGCUCAUAAUCAGGUUACGUACGAGUUGGAUAACUUCCGAGACUUAUUCGCCAUCGACAAAGACACCGGCAACAUCACCACCCUGACCACGUUCGACAGAGAAGUGGAGGAUACGUACAACGUGAAGGUGAUCGCUGUGGAUAAUUCGCCCAGUGCUCUGUUCAAGACCGGAGAACAUAACAAGGGACAGCAGGUGUUUCGAAUCGAGAUCGCGGACAAGAACGACAACGCGCCCCAUUUCACGCAGGCCGUUUACACGGCUAGCGCUAUUCUCGAGAACGCCAAUAUCAAUGCUCCGGUCACGGAAGUGAAGGCUCUAGACUCCGACACAGCCAGUCCGGUUACCUACAGCAUCAUAUACGGCAACACCGAUGACAGCUUUUACAUCGAGGACACCACAGGGAAGAUUCGCGUGAAAAAACCUCUGGAUUACGAGAAGAUCACGGAAUACAACUUGACCGUAAGAGCGUUCGACGGGGUGUACAACGACACCGCCCAAGUCAAGAUCUUCAUCGAGAACGUCAACGACAAUCCACCGGUCUUCGAGGACUUCGAGAAGAACCCGACGAUCGAAGAAGAAAAACUGGUCGAAGGGUGCAUUACCACCGUGGUGGCCUACGACCCCGACAUAAAGGACAGAAACGCCGAUCAGCACAUCGCGUAUUUCAUCGUGAAGGAGGAUCAACAACCUUUGAUCGGUAUCGACAAGUCUGGGUGCAUGACGCUGAAGAAACCUCUGGAUAGAGAUUCUCCGUACGGGUAUUCCAUGUGGACCGUGAUCGUGAUGGCGAGAGACGAGGACGGCUCCCCGACCGCUUUGCGGGAACUGGUGAUGGUGAACAUCACGCUGAUCGACAUAAACGAUAACGCUCCGUUCCUCGAUAUGCCCUACCCCGUGGUUUGGCCCGAGAACAGAUUACCAGGAAAGAUCACCGAGCUGAAGGCUCGAGAUUGGGACUCGGACGAGAACGGACCUCCGUUUCAGUUUCAGAUCGACGAGAAAACAGCCGACAACGAGAUUCUCGACAAGUUCGCGAUCCGCGGUGCCGACCUGUACGCGCGAGUUCAGUUCGAUCGCGAGGAACGAAAGAGUUAUGAUAUUCCUAUAGCGAUCACGGACAACGGUCAACCACCCAUGACGGGGACGUCGACGUUGACGGUGAUCAUCGGCGACGAGAACGACAAUGCUAUGUCGGAAGGUUCGAGCUCUAUAUUUGUCUACAAUUACAAAGGAGAAGCACCCAGCACGGAGAUCGGGCGAGUGUACGUGAACGACGCGGACGAUUGGGAUUUACCCGACAAACACUUUGCUUGGGCCUCGUCUCACGAUGGCUUCGAAUUGAACCAAGAGACCGGUAUGAUUACCUUGUUAUCCGGCAUAUCGAACGAUACGUUCGUCCUAAAGUUCAUCGUGACCGAGCACAGCAUGCAUAUUGACCGACAUCAAGUGAGCGCUUACGUGAACGUCACCGUGAGAGAACUGCCCGAGGAAGCGGUGUCCAGGUCGGGUUCUGUGCGUUUUUACGGAAUGACUGCAGAAGAUUUCGUCGCGCCCGACGAAUCCGGUGUUAGCAAAAAGGAGAUAUUCCAAGAGAGAAUAGCGAACAUGUUGAACGCGUCCGUAGAGAACGUGGACGUGUUCACGGUGCUCCACUCUCCGCAUCACGACAACAAGAGCUUGUUGGACGUUCGAUUUUCGGCUCACGGUAGUCCUUACUACGCUCCCGAGAAACUAAACACGAUAUUGGCACAACACGCCAAAGAGAUCGAACGAGAACUAAAGACCGACGUGUUGCUGGUGAACAUCGACGAGUGUCUCUUCGAGAAGUUGCAUUGCAACAGUUCGUGUCGCAGCUAUUUGAACGUCAGCACGGAUCCGUACCCGGUCUAUACGAACACCAGCUCGUUCGUUGGCGUGCGAGCAAUCGUGGAACCUCUCUGUACUUGUCACGUAGUCGACCCGUUGGUUUGCUUGAACGGAGGCACGCCACUGGCUGAACGUUGCGAAUGCCCGCCGGGCCUCGAAGGACCAAGAUGCGAGCUUCUGGGUAUCGGAUUCCACGGCGACGGUUGGGCCGUAAUGCCGCCCCCCGGUCAAGCUUGCGAUGACUCUCAUUUGGGACUCGAAGUAACGCCUCACGUGGACAACGGCCUGGUGUUUUACUUCGGACCGAUGACGUACAGUCCGAAAAUUGGAGUUCGAGACUUCAUGGCUCUGGAGCUGCAGCAGGGGUAUGCAGUUCUGUACAUGGAUUACGGUACCGGAACCGUCAAGCUGGAUCAACGACAAAUCAAACUUACCGACGGCAAAAGUCACAAGAUAGAUGUUUAUUGGACGAAAAACACGAUCGAGAUGAAAGUGGACAACUGCGGCAUCUCGGCUUGCAUGAGUUUGACCGCACCUCAAGGUCCCAACGAAUUUCUCAACGUGAACAGUCCGAUGCAAGUCGGUGGAACUUUGACCAAUCUGGCGCAGCUGUCUUCGCAGUUGGCGUGGGAUUACAAACCGACCGAUAGAGGCUUCGUCGGUUGCAUACGUAACAUGACUUUCAAUGGAAAUACGUACAACUUGGGAAUGCCCUCGUUAUCUAGAAACGCGGAUCCUGGUUGCGAUCACGGAAUGGCCAAGGCUGUUUCCUUUGGAAUCGAUACGAACUUUCUCGUGGCGAUACUGGUUUGCGUGGCGAUAUUGUUGAUACUUUUACUCGCGGUGGUAGUGCACAGGCGAAAGACCGACGACUUGUACAAGGACAUGGACGAUAUCAGGGAAAAUAUAAUUAAUUACGAGGACGAAGGAGGUGGCGAAGUCGACACCGGUUACGACUUGAACGUUCUGCGAACCAUUUACGACGCUCCGCCUAUCGAUUCCAAAAUAGCCCCCGUCGGUUUGCAGACUAGAGCACCCGAUGAAGUACCAGAUAUUUGUGGUUUCCUAGACGGCAAAAAGGAGAGCUGCGACAAGGAUCCUGACACGAAUCCGUUCGACGAUGUGAGACACUACGCGUACGAGGGCGAAGGCAAUUCCGAGGGUUCCUUGUCGUCUUUAGCCUCUUGUACCGACGACGGAGAUCUCAAGUUCAACUACCUGUCGAACUUCGGUCCGAGAUUCCGAAAGCUGGCCGACAUGUACGGAGAAGAGCCCAGCGACGAGGAGAGCGACGGAGUCGGGGAAAGAGAAAGCGAGAGCUGGUGUUGAACAAGGCGAGUCGCGUUCGAUUCCUGAUCGUUCGCGCCAAUGCCUUACCUUGCACGCGAUACCUAUCACCGCCACUCGCUCUCAUCGACGAAGCAACGACGCUUCGUAGCCUCGUGUACUUAAAACCGGAUCCGAGAGUGCGUUUUGCAUUUCCUCGUCGUGAUUCGUGCAGUCAGAUCGGAGAGAACGACUAUGGACGAAACGAUUUCGAUUUGCCUGUAAACACGACGCGGGAGGGCGCGUCGAGCGCGCGCCGAUUCGCGAAACAAAUAUGCGACGGGAACGUCGUAUUUCCUCCUUUCUUUUCUUUACUUGUUUUUUCAUUUUCGGUUUCAAUCGUUUCGCACGCGAGAAAAUGGCGUUUCGUCGUACGGACGAAUCGAAGUGUCGGAACAUGAACAGAAACGCGCGAUAUAUUUUUUUAUUCGUUCGUGGUUCGCGUCGAAGCGGAAAGAGAAAAUUAGAAAGGAAAAGAAACAGACAAUACAUUAACCAACUUUUAUUUUGUUACAUUUUUUUUGCGGUAUCAUCGAAUAGAGGUAGGAGUUACGCAUUAUUAUUGACACGCGAGAAACGCGUCGGCCGAUAAAACUGGUUCGCGUUCAAGCGAUUCGACACGGCCGUCUAGUAACUGCUCGUUCGUUUCAACCACGAUUACUACGAGACUACUGACGCGGAACGAGACUCUCGGACGAUACCGUGUAUCGUUCGAAGAGCGAAGCAAGAGUGUUCGUAAGUUGUGGCAAUCAUUCGAAUUAUUAUAAAGUCUGUGGGCUAUUUUUUUUUACGUACAUUAUAGAUGAUAUACAAGUAUACGUACAUGCGCGAUUCGCUACAUGUACGGAUGUGUAGAUAAGAGACGCGGCACGUCGCUCCACUAUUUAACUUAUAGAUAGUAUUUUAUUAAUUGGAUAUACGUGAGUGAGAUAUCGCGUAGAGGAUGUGCGCAACUACAUACGCGAGCACGCGCAUCAACAAUAUUAGACAUAAAUAUUAAACGCUGAGUAUAUACCGUACACGGGUGUGUGUCCGUGUGUGUAUGUGUGUGUGCGCGCGUGUUUGCGAGUCAAAAAGAAGAGAAAGAAGAACGCGCGUUUCCACGGACGCGCGGCGAUCUACAGAGAAUCGACGAGAAGAGAUCGAGUGCCAUAUCGUGCAUCCAACGUUGACCCGCGUUGCGUGAAGACCACGAUCAAUACCGAACAAUCGUACACGUAAUACGCAGGGCGCAAAGCCGACCUUCUAAACGUUGCGCGACACAGGCGAUUUCGAGACGACGGUUCGCGAAGAGUAAUUCCUUCGUUUCGAAAACGACUGUCCUUUUAUCGAUCGGUAGCGCAAAUCGUCUCUCGUCUGUGUCCCUUUUUAUUCGCGAUCCAGACGAUAAAUAUACGCGAUCACACCGUGCGAACAUGUAUACACGCGCGCAUAUGUAUAUACAUAUAUAGAGAUAUACAUAUGUAUGUAUGUAUGUAUAUUCGUGUACCUAUGUACGCGUGCACGCACGUACGUACACGUAUAUAUGUGAUAAUAAUUUGUAAGCUUUUUGUACGAUAAAUCAACGACGAUACGUAUGCGUAUAAUAAGAUAGAUUGAACGCAUCGUUGACGAAGUUGGGCCACGUUGCGGUGUCGAAAUUCGGACGUGGUCUGUUCGACAUCGGUGCGCAUCGGGAGAGCCAAGGUGUAAUUUAUACGAAAUAAGAGUGCAGCUUAACCGAAGCGCGGUCUGAUCUCAGAGGAUGCGUCAGCGGACGAAUCGCGUGAAUGUUCGGAAACAGCGAUCGGUGAUUUACCAUCGUACAAAUCGAGAACGAGUUGAAUGAUAUUCGAGUUGAUUUUUCGAACCGCGUGUUUUAGCGAUACAAAAGCAGACAACGUCGACGAACGCGUGAAAGAAACGCAUCGAUGCACUUUAUCGAACACUGCCCUUUACGUAUCAAACGAAAAGACUUUAGCGACGCAUUUUUUCGCAUUUGAUCCGACCAAGCAACCUGUCGGCAAAUGAACGAAUUGUAACAGACAAACGGAAAAGAAAUAAAUAAGUUAAUAAACGAAGAGAAAAGGGAGAAAGAAAGAGUAGAAGGAACUUCAGACAGCGAUGUAUUCGUACACAGGCUUCUUGUACAUUACCCGUGGGUACGCGAAACGGACGUUUCGCAACCUAUUCAACAUGUGAUAGUCGAUCGCGAAGCAUACGUGCACACCUUUGUUCUUUACCCGCGAUCCAUCUAUUGUCGUCAAAGAUACGUGUAAUUUCAUUUCCUUUUUUCUAGCAAUAAAAAUUAAAAUUCGAAAAAACG